AUGCCUAAUGGGCCAAGUCCAAUCAAAAUUCAGACCAAAUCACGUGUGAACAAUUUUCUCCACGAGCGCCGAAAUCUGGCAAUCUUCAUCAACAGAAAACAAAACCCUUUUUGGCUUAAGCUGAAGUUGGUUCUACUUCUACCAUUAACUGUUGUUGUUAAUAUGGCUAACCACCGGUUUGAUAGAGAUCAAUCAAGGGCGAAAUGGACGGCAGCAUCCACUAAGAUAUUUGCAGAUUUGUUGGUUGAGCAAAUUCAGCAAGGGAAUCGAUCAAAUAAUGUAUUCAACAAGAAAGCAUGGAAAUACAUACAAGCUGAAUUUAAUAAACAGACUAGUCUUAAGUUUGAUCGGCAACAGCUAAAGAAUCACCUUGACGUUCUUAGGAAGAGAUAUAACCUUGUCAAGGCACUGCUUGAGCACGCUGCCGAAGAAGAUGUUUGGCUAAAACAUAUUAAGGCACAUCCUGCAGCUGAGCCCAUCAAGAGGAACGGGUGUCCUAUCUAUAAGCAGCUAUGCAUCGUAUUCAAUGAAUCUGGAAGUGAUGAUAAAUGUGCUCUUUCUGAUUCAGUAAAAGCCAUCCAUGAGGUAGUCCAGGAACAAUCUAGAGCAAAGUGGACUACAUCUCUGGAGAAGGUCUUCACGAACUUGAUGCUUGAGCAGGUUUUGCAAGGAAACAGGUCAAACAGUGGUUUUACCAAGAAAGCAUGGAAGUGGAUCCGUGAAGAAUUCAGUAGGAAAACCGGGGUAAGGUUUGGCAAACAACAGCUGAAAAACCGUCACAGUGUGUUGAGGAGAUUAUAUAGCAGCAUAAAAUGGCUUCUUGAGCAGAACGGUUUUACUUGAGAUAUAUCGCACUGCACAGUGGUUGCUGAGAAAGAAGUGUGGGCCAAAUUCAUAAAGGAGCAUCCCGAGAUGGAAGCAAUAAGAGGCAAGGAAUAUCCUGUUUUUGAACACUUGGAUAAAAUAUUUUUGAAGGCAAGUGACAAUGGAAAAUUUGCCUUCACUGAUCAUC